AUGAGUACUGGAGUCUUCGCUCUCAGUUGUGCUUCCACGUGGAGCCCCAAACACCGCUGCCUAGCUGUUACCACUGUAGAGGAAGGCGCUAAAAGUGGAAGGCAUCGCAGAGGCUAUCUUGGCGAAGAUUGUGCAGAAGGUCGAUUAAGCUUCCACCCUAGCCGAGCGUGCGUCCUGGCAUCGUAUACGAGCGGUGAGCUGGCGCCUGAUCUUUCUGACUGA